GUGUCAAGUGGUUUCUGUUCUCAUUUGAUAAAUAUACAGAAUAUUGAUAAGCUGCAAAUCAGUAACAAUCACCAAGACGUUUCAUCGUCUCUUUACAGUGUUUUCUAUUUCAUAAAUAUAAAAAAUACAAUUACAUUGCACAACAACCAAACUUGAUAGAUCGUAUCUUGAAUGUGUGCUGAACUUUAAACAUAAACAACUCGAGAUACUACUUGUCUGGCCAGUUGAGCGUCAUCGUUAAGACGAACCGGAUCGGCGAUCGUUCUUAACAACUUUGACGAAGAAUAAAAGGACUAUCCAGUUGAAUUCGUAGCAAAUCAACAUGUGGAAGACGUUAGUGUUGUUGAUCGUAACCGUCGGCAGUACAUUCGGAGAACUGUUACAAAUCGAACGAAAUAAUUUACAGUCGAACUUUAGCUUCGCAGUAGAUUAUACAAAUAAUCAAUUCUUGUUAGAUGGGCAACCAUUCCGUUAUGUUUCCGGUAGUUUUCACUAUUUUCGUACGCCUAGGAGAUACUGGCGGGAUCAGUUGAGGAAAAUGAGAGCAGCCGGUUUUAAUGCUGUUUCGACGUACGUAGAGUGGAGCUUACAUCAACCUGAAGUAGAUGUUUGGAACUGGAGUGGCGAUGCAGACUUUAUUGAAUUUUUAAAUCUCGCUCAGGAAGAGAACCUUUUGGUUUUAUUGAGACCCGGACCUUACAUUUGCGCUGAAAGAGACUUUGGUGGUCUUCCAUAUUGGUUAUUAACUCGUGUACCUGAUAUAAAUUUACGUACUAAUGAUAUACGUUACUUAAAUUACGUAGAACAGUACUUGAAUAUUGUUUUGGAGAAAGUAAAACCUUAUCUAAGAGGAAAUGGUGGACCUAUAAUUAUGGUCCAGGUGGAAAACGAAUAUGGAAGCUAUAAAGCUUGCGAUAUAGCAUACAUGAACACAUUACGCGAUAUCUUCCAAAAAAUAAUUGGAGAUAAAGCUGUUUUGUAUACGACGGAUGGAAUAUCUGACAGAAUGCUUCGUUGCGGGUCAGUAUCUGGUGUAUAUGCUACCAUUGAUUUUGGUACCACUUCCAAUGUAAAUACCAGCUUUGAACUUAUGAGACGUUAUCAACCGACGGGGCCGUUGGUUAACUCGGAAUUCUAUCCUGGCUGGUUGACUCAUUGGGAAGAACCAUUUCAAAGAGUGGCGGCUAAUACUGUUCAAAAAAAAUUAGACGAAAUGUUGGCGCUUGGAGCUUCUGUUAACAUAUAUAUGUUUUAUGGUGGCACGAACUUUGGAUUUACUUCUGGAGCUAAUGGUGAUGCCAAGACUUAUAGUCCUCAAUUAACUUCUUACGAUUAUGAUGCACCAUUGACAGAGGCUGGAGAUCCAACAGAAAAAUAUUUUCAAAUAAGAGAUGUUAUAUCCAAGUAUCUUCCGUUACCAAAUAUUUCCAUACCAACGGUAUCACCUAAAGGCGAUUAUGGUCCAGUAUUAUUGGAGCCUGUACUGGAAUUAUUUGAACCGAGAUCGAGAGAAUUAUUUGGGUCUCCUAUAGUACACACAUCUAAGCCACCGACUUUUGAAGAAAUAGGAUUACCACAUUGGUUGGUUCUGUAUGAAACUAAUAUACCAUCCAAUGUUAAGGAUCCGAUGAUAUUAAAUGCAUUAACAAAAGAUAGAGCAUUGAUAUAUGUCGACGAUGAACUCUCCGGAACUUUGAGUCGAACGAAGAAUAUACAUUCCUUGUCCUUGGCAACUCCAUAUGGGCAACGCUUGAAAAUACUAGUAGAAAAUCAAGGACAUCUGAAUUAUGGCAAUGAGAUUCAUGAUUUCAAGGGUAUUUUUAAUGUAAACAUCGACGGAAUUCCAUUAUCACCAUGGAACGUAACAGGAUUUCGAUUAAGCAAUGUAAAAGGAUUGGAUAAUUUUGAAAUCAGAACGAUUCAAAGUGGUGUCCUUCAAAAUGGACCUAUGUUUUUACGUUCUUAUUUCCAAGUCACUGACCAACCAUUGGACACUUAUUUAGAUACCACAGGUUGGGGUAAAGGUGUCGCAUACGUAAACGGUUAUAACCUUGGUAGAUAUUGGCCUGUGGUUGGUCCACAAAUGACCCUCUAUAUACCGGCAACAUUUUUACGCACCGGUCAAAACGUAUUAGAAAUAUUAGAAUUGGAAUAUGUUCCGGCUACAAGAAAAAUGAGAUUUUCAGAUAAAGCUAAUUUAGGUUUUUCAGUCAUGCAUACUGAAAAUCAUUAAAAUGUAUUAAAUAAAAUAAAUUUAUCAAAAUUCUUUCAUAUGUUUUUACAGCAACUAAUAUAAUAUUUGUUAUAAGAUCAAUUCUAAAUAAGUGGUGUUUACAAGAACAAUUGAUAGAAAAUAACGGAAACGUAUGUUAAUGAUAAUACAUGUAUUUGCUAAAUGAAGAUAAAGUCUUUGUGCUUGCGAAUAAAAUACAGACGAACCUUUAA